AUGAAAGCAAAUCUAGCCAAACCAAUUCAAAUCAAACCAAUUCAAUUCAAUUCAAAUCAAAUCAAAUCAAAUCAAAUCAAAUCAAAUCAAAUCAAAUCAAAUCAAAUCAGAUCAAACCAAAUUAAAUCAAAUCAGAUCAGAUCAAAUCAAAUCAAAUCUGAUACGUGUAUUGGUCACCAAGGCAAUUCACAUCUCUAA